GCAGCAGCGGCGGCGGCAGCAGCAGCAGCGGCGGCGGCAGCAGCAGCAGCAACAGCGGCAGCAGCAGCAGCAAAACAGACCUCCGAAUCCUGUGCGGAUGUAAGGUUCUUGGCUUUUGGCGUUUCUCGAAUACAGACUGAGGGUGAAGAAGGGCAACGAGAAGGCAACGAGGGGUUGGGAGGAAGCAGUGGGAGUUGUGUGUGUGUAUGCAGGGGAGGUGUGUGUGCAUGUGUGGUUUGGGGUUUAAAUUAUUUUUUUAAACAGGAUCACAUCCUAUCGACAUGCAUCUCUCUUUAUAUAUAUAACAUUCCCCCUUUCAUCUCCACCACACACACACACACACACACACACACACACACACACACACACACACACACACACACACACACACCCCUCCUUUCCUAAAGGCGCAGAAGCUGGAUUUACAAGGAGGAUCCUGGUCGAAUUUUGUGUUGCAUCCUUCCUCCCCUUCCCUGUUCCUUCCCCAUUUCCCUAAAUACCAAACACUCCCCAUCAAAGUAACAAUUUCCCGGGGAUCAUGCUUCUGAAAGGUAGGUAGGAGCUGGGCGCAGCGCCCACUCUUCCCCCCUCCCCCCAGUUCUAUACACUGGGAGCAUUAGAGAGACGAGGGUGAGCCUGUAUAGUGUAUAUAUUUACUGUCAAUUUGCCGUAGGUGUGCUGCGGGGAGAGGAGAGAGAUUUGAUCCAAAGACGGACGUCCCCCAGCCCUCCCCGCAUCCCCAUCCCUACCCCCCUCUCUGUUUUCCGUUAGAAACCCAGCGAGGAAAUACAUGCACUCGCUUGGGAAUCGCCACAGCCAGGGCGAAGCACUACAAGGUGUAGGUAGGGUGUAGGCGUGUGUGUGCGUGAGUGUAAGCCUGAGAGAGGUGGGCGGGAGAGGGGGGACCCGGGCGUCCCCGUCCCUCCCGCCCCAAGAAGACCCCACCGCACCAACCCUUCCUCCCAGCUCAGAGAGCCCUUGUUUAUUUCUCGCCGAACUCUUGGGCUGAGUGACCCCGGCCCUUUUGCUCCCUAUCCCGGCCCCCCACCCACACCGGCCCGCCUUCGACCAUGGUAGUUUUCAAUGGCCUCCUGAAGAUCAAGAUCUGUGAGGCCGUGAGCCUGAAACCCACAGCCUGGUCACUGCGCCAUGCGGUGGGACCCCGGCCUCAGACGUUCCUCCUGGACCCUUACAUCGCCCUCAAUGUCGAUGACUCGCGCAUCGGACAGACGGCUACCAAGCAGAAGACGAACAGCCCGGCCUGGCACGAUGAAUUUGUCACCGACGUGUGCAACGGGCGCAAGAUUGAACUGGCCGUCUUCCACGAUGCCCCCAUCGGGUACGACGACUUCGUUGCCAACUGCACCAUCCAGUUUGAGGAGCUGUUGCAGAACGGGAGCCGCCACUUCGAGGACUGGAUUGAUUUGGAACCAGAAGGAAGAGUAUAUGUGAUAAUCGAUCUCUCUGGGUCAUCAGGUGAAGCACCCAAAGACAAUGAGGAACGUGUGUUCAGGGAGCGGAUGCGGCCAAGGAAGCGGCAGGGGGCUGUCCGCCGCAGGGUCCAUCAAGUUAAUGGCCACAAGUUCAUGGCCACCUAUCUUCGGCAGCCCACCUAUUGUUCUCACUGCAGGGACUUCAUCUGGGGUGUCAUAGGAAAACAGGGAUACCAAUGUCAAGUUUGCACUUGCGUGGUUCACAAGAGAUGCCAUGAACUUAUAAUAACGAAGUGUGCGGGCUUAAAGAAACAGGAAACACACGAUGAGGUGGGCUCCCAGCGCUUCAGUGUCAACAUGCCCCACAAAUUCAGUAUCCACAACUAUAAAGUCCCUACUUUCUGUGACCAUUGUGGAUCCUUGCUCUGGGGUCUCUUGCGACAAGGUUUACAGUGCAAAGUCUGCAAGAUGAAUGUACAUCGACGCUGUGAAACAAACGUCGCGCCCAACUGUGGGGUAGAUGCAAGGGGGAUCGCCAAAGUGCUGGCCGACCUGGGAGUCACUCCGGACAAAAUCACCAACAGUGGUCAGAGGAGGAAAAAGCUAAUUGCAGGUGCUGAGUCUCAGCAGCCAGUCCCUGGGAGCUCCCCAUCUGAAGAAGAUCGAUCCAAGUCAGCGCCCACCUCCCCUUGUGAUCAGGAAAUCAAAGAACUUGAAAACAACAUUAGGAAGGCCUUGUCAUUUGACAACCGAGGGGAGGAGCACCGGGCGGCAUCAGCAACAGAUGGUCAACUGGCCAGCCCUGGAGAGAAUGGUGAGGUCCGGCAGAGCCAGACGAAGCGCAUGGGCCUAGAAGAAUUCAAUUUCAUCAAGGUGUUAGGCAAAGGAAGCUUUGGCAAGGUCAUGCUAGCAGAGCUCAAGGGCAAAGAUGAAGUAUAUGCUGUGAAGGUCUUAAAGAAAGAUGUCAUCCUUCAGGAUGAUGAUGUAGAUUGCACCAUGACAGAAAAGAGGAUUCUAGCCCUAGCACGAAAACACCCCUACUUAACACAACUCUACUGCUGCUUCCAGACUAAGGAUCGCCUCUUUUUCGUCAUGGAAUAUGUAAAAGAGGGAGACCUGAUGUUUCAGAUUCAACGUUUCCCGGCAAGAUUCGAUGAGCCUCGGUCUCGAUUCUAUGCUGCAGAGGUCACAUCGGCUCUCAUGUUCCUUCACCAACAUGGCGUCAUCUACAGGGAUUUGAAACUGGAUAAUAUUCUUCUCGAUGCAGAAGGUCACUGUAAGCUGGCUGAUUUUGGGAUGUGUAAGGAAGGAAUUUUGAAUGGUGUGACCACAACCACCUUCUGUGGGACUCCUGAUUACAUUGCACCAGAGAUCCUUCAGGAGUUGGAGUAUGGCCCUUCAGUGGACUGGUGGGCCCUGGGAGUGCUGAUGUAUGAGAUGAUGGCCGGGCAGCCCCCCUUUGAAGCCGACAAUGAAGAUGACCUCUUUGAGUCCAUCCUCCAUGAUGACGUGCUCUACCCAGUCUGGCUCAGCAAAGAAGCUGUCAGCAUUCUCAAAGCAUUCAUGACGAAAAACCCCAAUAAGCGACUGGGCUGUGUGGCAACGCAGAGCGGGGAGGAAGCCAUCAGACAGCAUCCUUUCUUCAAGGAGAUUGACUGGGUGCUGCUGGAGCAAAAGAAGAUCAAGCCCCCUUUCAAACCUCGAAUUAAAACCAAAAGAGACGUCAAUAACUUUGAUCAAGACUUUACCCGGGAAGAACCAGUCCUCACGCUAGUUGAUGAAGCAAUUGUUAAGCAGAUCAAUCAAGAGGAAUUCAAGGGGUUCUCCUACUUUGGAGAUGAGCUGCUCCCUUAAGAAGUUGCCCCAGGAUACAUGAUUCAGGAGACUGCAAGAAGGGUUUCCAUGAAAGUCAAAUUUCCUGAGAUUCAGUAAUUCAUGAACUACAAUCUGCCAAGAGCCCACACCCCCUACUUAUAACUCUAUUUAUUGUAUUCCCUGCUCCCAUCUCCUUCAGGCUCCGCCUAGCCCACCCUGGCCCAUCUUCUACCUUGUGACCCAAAGGCACUCUAAGUUCUGUCUCACCAAGGAACACAAAAUCACUUUGUCCCAGAAAUUCUAAAUGUAACACACUGCCAUAUUUUUUUACCAUUUGCAAGCCUGGUUUUACUCCUAGGGGUCACUUGUCAAGGAUGCAAAUUUCAUGCUUUUUACUGAACAGGAAAAAGGAAGGAGGAGGAGGAGAUAAAGAAGGAGGCAGAGGGGCAAGGGGAGAAGGAGGAAGAGGAAGAGGAGCAGGAGGAGGAGGAAGGGGAGGGAGGAGGAGGAGGAGAAGAAGGAGAAGGAGAAGAAGAAGGAGAAGAAGAAGAAGAAGGAGAAGAAGAAGAAGAAGAAGAAGAAGAAGAAGAAGAAGAAGAAGAAGAAGAAGAAAUAAACUAUAUUUUUGGCAAUGGAGAGAUGGCAAAUCUCACUUCAUAAACUUGAAUCUCGAGAACAGAAUCACUAUUAUUUUUUUUAAUAUUGAUUUGAUUAAAUUGCAUUUGGAAUUAGUAGAACAUUAAAAAAAAUAUCAAACUGGCUAAAGAGAAGAAACCUUGAUAUCGUAUAAGUGGCUAUUCAAGGACUAAAAUGUAAUGAGAACCAGAUUAUCCAAAAUCAAUACAAAACAUCAUAGCUUUAGUAGAGAGGGGUUUUCAUAGGUGUCUCCAAGUGUUUAUAGAUAGAUGAACAUGCCACACUUCUCCCAGCUAGUGAGAUUCUGCCUGAACACAUGUGCCAUUGGAGAAAGAGCCAGAAACACUGGUGAUCUAGGAGAAGCUCAGUUCCAAAAUUCUAUUCCUGGUUUUUGGUCCUAAUGACCCUGCAUCAACUAUUUAUAUUUAUUUUUCACUGCAGUGUGUUACUUUUGCACACUUUUAUAAAAUCAUAGUACUACUAUGUUGUGUUGUGUGUGUGUAUGUAUGUGUGUGUUUUUAAUUGACUGUAUAAAACUUAAUCUAAAACCUCUGCUUUGGGAAGAAGCAGGAGAAAGCAAAAUAUGGCGGAAGGUCAAGAUGUGUGAAUCAUGACCAUUUGGCGGGGUGCACGCAUGUGGCGGGAUGAAAUGGUAACUUAGGCGAAUGCCGCUAAAUGACUGUGAAGUUACCUUCUGUAGAUAGGCUAAUAGUGUUAUGUACUUUGAUUUCCAGGUAUUCAUCCCCUGUGAUUUUGUGUACUUUGAGCGCAGAGGUCAUUUGAUUAUCUCUUUUACUGUUGCAGCAAACAGAAUCCAUGUUAAGCAUUGUACAUGGAUUGCCCAGCUGCCCCCUCCCAUAUAUAUAUACAUAUAUAUAAAUAUAUACAUAUUAUAUAUAUAUAUACUUGUGAGUGGCAAAGGAGCCCAACAAAGCUUUUUGCCUUUUGUACAGGUGAGAUUUUUGUACAUAGUGUUUGCUGCAAGGCCUGUGGAAUUAAUUCAUUGAAUAUAAAGGUAUCAACUGCUGCAUGUCCAGGCAUAUUAUAAAACUUUAGUCUAUGAAAGAAUAAUUAUAAUAAUGUCCAGGUGCAAUACUCUGUAUGUGUAUUGGUUCAAGUUAUUGUUGGAGAGAUGGGGAUGUGUUCUUCAGUUCAUUUGUUUUGUUUGAAAAGAUGUAAACAUAUAUUAAGCUAUGCUCCAGCCCCUGUAUUAUAGUUCUCUUAUACUCUGUUAUAUCAUGACCGUGAUAGGAAAGAGAAAGGCAUGUUCAGGGGGGGUGGGGUGGGUGGCGGCAGCAGCAGCAGAGAUAGAGUCCGUGGUUCCCAGAAGAUAUCGUCCACGUGGGUAUCCACGAGAGAGUUUGUGUCCUUUUCACAUCUGGCUGGUCACAGCCUUUGAGACUAUUGAUGAUGUUCAGUUCGAAUUUGUUCUUUUAAAAACUCAGGUGUAAUUAUUAUCUAUUCUUAUGAUGAUUUCAAAUAUUAAUGAUUACGCUAUAUCAGUCUGUGUAUCUGUUGGCAUACAGGUGAAGUAAUGGAGCAAGCAAACAUUAGGUUAAUUUAAUUUAUCUUCAAUGACUUUAUAUCCUGGGGAAAGACUAUCUUCUGGAGUUGAGUACAAGCACAGAAACGUCAUCUCAUUUUUAGGAAGACAUGAUAAUACUGCCCAUACAUUUUCAUGUGUCACUACUGCUCUCUGUAUUUUUCUUUCCCCAUCACAUUUAGGUUGGGACAUCAAGACAAAAACUGGCCACCAUGUAGAGUGCCCUUGUCCCAGGGGACUAAACAGUUAGGAAGAUGCCAUUUAUUUAUAGUGUUCUGCUGUUGAUAGAACAGCUAGAGGGCCUUUCUCCCAUAUGAUUGGAAAUUUUUUAGGGGUGUGUGUGUGGGGGGGGGCGGGGAAUGAGUCCACAAAGCCCAACUCCCAAGCCUCCAGUGGGGCCUCCCUCUCCCUUGCAGGGAAUUCAGUCUUCAUAAAGCCUUGGGUUUUUAUAACAAGCCUCAGGCUCUGUCGAAGUAUCCUACAGCGGAGUUUUCACCCCAACAGUCAAUAAAUUCAUCUUUAUCGGGUUUCCAUUAAUAACUUUGUCUGUUACCUUGAGUGUUUAUUAUUUUAUUUUAUUCUUAAAAGAGAGAGUUCCUUAAAAUGGACACACUGUUACAUUUCCGCCUAUUCUUUCUCAUUUUUUCUAGUGACUGUGGGUCACUCUUUCUCUCCUUCCCCCCCUUUCUCUCUCUCCUCCUCUUCCCCUCGCUCCUCUUCCUUCUCUCUCUCUUUUUCCAAGGGGAAAAAAACAAACCACACAAAACACCAGAGUUCAGAAUGCCCCUAGAGUUAAGAAUAGCUAUCUUGUCCUCUAAUAUUCUUUCAAUAUGGACUUUAAGUGGAAAUAUUAUUUUCCCCAAAAGUUUCUCCCCCCCUCUCUCCCCUCCCUCCCUCUCUCCCUCCCUCCAUCCUUCCCUCCCUCUCCGUCCCCCCUCCCCCUCCCUCCCUCCCUCCCUCCCUCCCUCCCUCCCUUUUUCCAUCUCUCUCUCUCUCUCUCUCUCUCAGAAAAAGGCUCAGAAAUUACCUCUUUUUAAAUUAUGUGCAAAAUAGUUCCAGCUAUAUAGAAAAUGUAUUCAUUCAGUUUUAGGGACUUUUUUUUUGUAUUGUGAUGCUUUAUUUGUACAGGAUUUUUCCUUUAUGGAUGUAAUUUGAAUUUCUUGCCAUUCAUUAGUGUUAUUUUCAUUGUAAACAUGACUGUGCCAAAUGUACUGUAUUCAAAAGGAUGUGAAUGUGUAUGUUUCAGAACCUAAUAAAUACAACUGAUGUUCAAUCUUA